CUGAUAGUCGAACUAAACGACGACGUCGUCGAAAGCAAUGAUCAGUGCCGCAUUUAGUAAACAAUGAAUUGCUGAAGCGUUCACAAGUACGAUUGGACAGUAAAUUGGCAGUAGAUUCGUUAAAGCAAUGGCUAAAAAUUUAUCCAAUCCCCUUAAAGUGGCCCUUAGAAAUCGCAUGAAAGGUGAAGUUCUCAAAUCUAUAACGCCCGAAUCCAGAGCAAGACAAUCAAAGGCCAUAACUGAAAAGGUUUUGCAGACAGACGCAUUUCGUUCAUCGAAACGCAUUAGCAUUUAUUUAAGCACCUCCACUGAGGUUGAUACCGGAGAAUUGCUAAACGAAUGUUUUCGCUUGGAGAAGCAUGUGUUUGUACCCACCUAUGAGGGCAACAAUAUGGAAAUGGUGCGACUAAAAAAUUUGGAAGACUAUGAAUCUUUGCCCUUGACCAAGUGGAAGAUAAAGCAACCGAGUGCCAAAGAGGGCAGGGAGAAUGCUUUAACAAAUGGUCAAGGCAUUGAUUUAUUUCUCAUGCCUGGUGUAGCCUUCACCCGAGUUGGAGGUCGUAUGGGCCAUGGCAUGGGCUACUAUGACACUUAUUUGACAAGACAUCACGCCACCUAUCCCAACAAAAAGACCACUUUAAUGGCUUUGGCUUUCCAAGAGCAAAUUGUCGAUGAGACAGAGCUGCCAUUGGAUGCACAUGAUGUGAAAUUGCACACAAUAAUAACGGAAUAGCGAUGCGAUAAGAAACUGUCAUGGACAAUAACAACGAAAGAUUCAAUACAUCAAACUUGAACUUUUAAAAUUAAAAAAAAAAAAUCUUUUAUAAACUUUUCAUACAA